CACGCGUACAAAUAUCCAUCAACUCUGGUACAGGGAUCAACGAAUCAUUUAUAGAGCUGUCCGGAUAAGCUUCUUUGCUCGAGCUCCGGCCUUCACUUUGCUUCCCUCCAGCCUUCACUAGCUCGGGAAGUUCUGCGUCUACCGCGCUUGGAACAAAAGCAACUGUUGAAGGAAAAAUGGCUCUGCCGAACUGCGAUUUGCCCGGCUUUGCGGUGGUGGAAAUUCUUCUGAGGUUGCCAGUAAAGUUGCUCCUCCGGUUCCGAGCUGUGAGCAAGGGUUGGUGCGAGUUCAUCACCAGCCCCGACUUCGCUCGUAUGUAUCUCGCUCACCAACUAGCAGGCAGCGCUCCUUCAACACACUCUCUCCUCCUUAGAGAGUCUGACAGCCGCUCCGUCACGUCCAUUUCCACAUCCCCAGUCCCCGUCUCUAACCUCGAAGAAAGCGGCGAGGUUUUGUUUCCUUUAUCUAAAACAGCUUUGCGGUUUCCUUUCCAUUUGGGAUCUGAUUAUGUGAAUGAUUUUCGAGUUGAUGGUUGUUGUAAUGGGUUGGUCUGUGUGAGUCUCAAUCACACCGUAAACCUUAACGCCUCUCGUAAAAUUGUCAUUUGGAAUCCGGCCACCACUAAAUAUCGAAUUAUUGACGUCCCUGAAGGUGCUCCUUUUGAGGUUGCUUCGUCCGAACUAGCAACAUGGAAGAAUAUCACGCUCUGUGGGGGUGUGUCAACUUAUUUAGGUUUUGGCUACUCUCCUGAAUCCAAUGAUUACAAGCUUUUAAGAGUAUGGAACAUGCCUGGGUUUGCCAACCAAAGAAAUUCAUUCUUGGUCUGGGUGUAUGCAUUUAGUGCUGGCACCUGGAAGUUGAUCAGUUGUAAUUUUAGGUAUUUAUUGACUGGUAGCACGCCCACUAUCGUUAAUGGGUGUAUGCACUGGUACAAUUCUAAAAAGAUCAUUGUCUUUGACAUUGGGAAAGAGGAGUUCAGAAAAAUGGCUGUACCUAGAACAGAUGGUUCCAUUGAGAGACAACUUGUGUGUAUCAAUGGCUGUCUUUCUCUGGUUGCGUUUGAUAAACAUGGUUGUAGUGCCUUCGAGGUAUGGGUUUUGGGUGAUUAUCAUAACAGUGCGUCCUGGUUCAAGAGGUUCACUGUUACAUAUGCUUCACUAGCACCUCCCAAGCUAGUGGGCUGUUGGAAAAACGAUGAAUUGCUCUUCCAAAACUCUAAGAACCUAUUGUCUUGCGAUCUUUUAUCUGGAAGCUUUGAAUGUCUCCAGAGCCUUGACUCUGAAGCUGAUGCUACCAUAUUUAAUUACUUUGAAACAUUUGAAUCUGUGUAUGGACGUGGGGUUCGGGAGUUGCAAACAAAUGACAGUCCUUCCAUGAUGGGUUACGGUGGACCUACUAAAGCUCAAAAAAGUUCUCGGGAGAAGCAGGAGAAAGGAGAGACUCAAACGGAUGGUUCCAAGAAAAAGAAAGACAACUUCCUGUCAGUGGGCUUCAAAUUAAAGCUCUGAAGGAACCUUAAAGUUCAGAGUUGGUUGCAGGAAUCAAGUGGCUCCAUGAUAGUUCAAUGGGUAAUGCCCUAACGUUGCGCAAGUACAAAACUAAAAACAUUAAUUCUCUAGUAUAUUGUGGUACAUGGGUUGUGUUUCAUUAUCCUCAAAACCGUCAAGACUCUACUUAAUGCAGUUAUUAGCUUGUAGUAGUAAUUAGCUCUACGUGCAUAACUGCAUACAUUAUCUAACUACGUAGAGCAUUGAACAGCUAUCUAAUGAAACUCAUGGAAAUCCUAUAUGCCUAUGUGUUUGUUAUGCUUGAGAGCAUAUUUCAUUUUUAAAAGACUAAAGUUUUUAAC